AUGGAAUGGAAAACCAUUAAAACAACCCACGAAGAUCUUAUUCAUGAUGUUACUUAUGAUUACUAUGGGAGGAGAAUAGCUACAUGUUCUUCUGAUUUACGAGUAAAGAUAUUUGAUUAUGAUGACGUUACAGGAGAAUGGCAAGAAAAUGAUUCAUGGAAGUCAGCAGAUGCACCGAUUCUUAAACUUCUGAUAUCCUUGACAGUGGGCCAAGUUAUAGCUACAUGCUCUAUAGAUCGAACUGUAAGAAUCUUUGAAGAACAAGAGCAUGAGCCUAAAAAUUCAGGAAAACGUUGGGCUGAAAAAGCACGUCUUGUAGAUUCACGAGGAGCAGUUUUGGAUAUAUGGUUUGCACCUAUUCAUUAUGGACUUAAAUUAGCAUCUAUAUCAGCAGAUGCAGUUAUUCGUAUAUACGAAGCGCUUUCUCCAAACGAUUUAUCGCAGUGGACAUUGAUGGAUGAUAUUUUGCUUUUACCAAACCCUCCUCCACGAGAUACUGAAAGUUCUUUUUGUCUAACAUGGUGUCCAUCUCGAUGGGACGAUCAGCAAUUGCUAGUUGGUGCAAUGAACACUGUUAGCAUUUACAGACAGAAUUCGAAUAACAAAUGGAAAGCAGAAGAGUCUUUAGAUGGACAUACUGAUUUAGUUCGUGAUGUUGCUUGGGGAGCUAAUAUGGGAAGAUCAUACCAUAUUAUUGCUACAGCUUGUAAAGAUGGACACGUACGGAUUUUUAAAUUAACAAAAAAGCCAUCUUGUAUUUCUAACAAUGAUGUUUUAUACAACUCAGAUUCUACGCAAGGAACAAAGGGUUAUAUAAUAGAGCUAGUUGGUGAUUUUGACGAUCAUAUGGCACAAGUAUGGAGAGUAAGUUUUAACGUAACAGGCACAAUAUUAUCAAGUGCAGGUGAUGAUGGAAGAGUAAGAUUAUGGAAAGCAAAUUAUGCUGGGGAUUAUCAAUGUUUAAGUGUAAUUUCUAUGGAAAAGAAUCAAAAAGAUGUUAUCGUUGAAGAUUAG